AUGAGGCGUUCCUACCCCAAACCGUCCCCUUCAACCAUUUCUCUAAUCCUUAUCCCCCUGGCCGUGCUAGCUUUUAUCUGCCUCUUCCUCUACCCCAAGGAUUUCGAGCUCCAGUCCCUCGUGGUGACCGCCUGCCGUCCCUCUCGAUCUCCCUCUUCCAAUUUCAUCGACCCGGUCGCCCCGAAGCCCGACUUCCGUCUCCUCAUCGGCAUCCUCACCCGCGCCGACCUCUACGAGCGCCGCCACCUUCUCCGCCUUGUCUACUCCCUCCAGCCCAGACGCGCCACCGCUCACAUCGACAUCCGCUUCGUCUUCUGCAACCUCACCAAGGAGGACCAGCGAGUCCUCGUCGCCCUCGAGAUCUUGCGCUACGACGACAUUAUCAUCCUCAACUGCACCGAGAACAUGGACAACGGCAAGACCUACACAUACUUCGCCAGCCUCCCGGAACUGUUCGACGGAACCAAUGGCGACGACCGGCCUUACGACUACGUCAUGAAGACCGACGACGACGCCUACCUGAUACUCGAUAACUUGGCGGAGUCAUUGAUGAACAAAUCGAGGGAGGACAUGUAUUACGGAUUUGUGCUCCCUUGCGUCAGCAUGGAUCCAUUCCACGACUACAUGUCGGGGAUGGGGUAUAUAUUGUCGUGGGACUUGGUCGAGUGGAUCUCGACGUCGGAGAUGGUGAGGAAUCGUACGGUCGGGCCGGAGGACAGGUUGACGGCGGAGUGGCUGAGAGAUGGGAACAAAGCGAAGAACCGGUGCACGGCGAAGCCGGCGAUGUACGACCACCCGGAAUCGGAGCCCCGCAGCUUCUGCCGGCACGAGUUUGUGCCGCAUACCAUUCUGGUGCACAAGGUGAAAAAUAGCUUAAAUUGGGCCAGGAUGCUCGAGUACUUCAAUGCCACUGAUGGGUUGAAGCCUUCCAAGUUCUACCAUAUUUCUUGAGCGCUCCCCCUUUCUUUUUUUUUUAAGUUUCAUUUUUGUGUUACUUUGGGGAUGUACAAUUCUCUGAUUUCUUGUAUUACUUUAAUACGCGAACGUGACAAGGGUUGAGGUUAUGUCUG